AAAUUCCUCUUUGUUUCCCCAGACAGUCUUUCUCUGUUGAAUGGCAGUGAGAGGAUAGUAAUAAAAAGAGGAACAUUUGCAGUAAAAAGUUGAUAACUUUGGAAGAUAUCCACUCGAUUUUACUAAUUUGGAUAUAAGCUUCUGAUAACCUUCAAAUACAUAUUUGCACAAACUGAGGGCUGUCCAUCACUUACAUUGAAGCACAUUAAGAAUGACUCUUCUAACGGCCAGUAUGAACAGGAGGAAUGAUUACAGCAAGAAAAAAAACACUUUUAAUGUUCAUAUGUAAAUAUGAAUAUUAUUUUAAGACACAACUAACUAAUUAUAGUGUUGAUAUGAAAUCUCAUGGUGAAUUGAUGGUCUUUUCUUGGGUUAUGUUCAGCUUCUGUGUGUUACUGUGUGGGUGAAAAUAUUUGGCAAGUGCUCUUGACCAAUCAUAUAAUGCCAGCAGUGCAGACACCUUCUCUAAAGCAUUUAAAAGAGAACAGCCUUUCCCCUGUCUCUGCACGAUUCUUGAUCACACCUCACGGUGCAGAUCAGCUCCAAUCAAGAAAUUACCAACAUGCUCUUGCUCCUCUUCUUGUUUGGUCUGGCUCUGGGUGCCGAGUCUCCUUCAGGUGACCAUGAAGUGAAGCUACAGCGUGGGAACUGUCCCAUGUUCUGGUUCAGCUUCCGCGGCCGCUGCUACAAGUAUGUCGCCACACAUAUGACCUGGGCUGAUGCAGAGCUCCACUGUGUGUCAGAGAGUGCCAACCUGGUGUCUAUCCAUAGUAUGGAAGAAGAGCAGUUUGUUAGAUCCCUGAUUAUGAAUUUUGACACUGCUGAAGGAUUCACCUGGAUCGGCCUCGAUGACAUCCCCAAAGAAGGCAGUUGGAUGUGGUCUGAUGGAUGUGCAGUGAAAUUUGUCUUUUGGGAGGAAGGACAGCCGGACAAUGUUGGAGGAAAUGAAGACUGUGUUCACACCAACCAUCGUAUUGAUCGGACAUGGAAUGAUCUCCCAUGUUCUUAUACCCUUCCGUCUGUUUGUGCUUCUCGCAUAGACUGUCCUUAGCAACUGGUAUGACCUGGGCUGAUGUAGAGCUCCACUGUGUGUCAGAAAGGCCAACCUGCU